AUUAAUGGUGAACCCUACCGCCUCCAGCCACCCCACCGCCGUCCACUGCCUUCACCGUUCACCGUCCUCCGCCUCCUCCGGCUAUUGCCGCUGAGAAACACCUUCGCAGCCCGCGCCGUCAGCCUCUACCUCCGCAACGUCUGCAAUCUACAAUUCAAGGCCAGGGGAUCUACGAGAAGAAGAACCGAAAGCGAAGAAGAACCGAAAGCGCCCCUCCGCCGCCGCCGCCGCAGCCUAUUCCGUUCAAUUUCUGUCCCAGCCUCCAAUCGCCACCACCGCCUCGGCCCUCCGGCCUCAUCCUCAGCCGUCGCCGGUCCUUCCCUGACCCCGUUGCAGAAUCCUCUUCAAUAUGGAAGGAUUUUGGACGUCGUUGCAUUAAAAACUCCCAAGCUUCGGGGGCAGGCAUGGGUUGUGUUCAGUGAAGUGACAGCUGCAAGCAAUGCUGUACGACAGAUGCAAAACUUCCAGUUUUAUGAAAAGCCUCUGAGAAUCCAAUAUGCUAAAUCAAAAUCAGAUUGCAUUGCUAAAGCAGAAGGUACCUAUGACAAGAAAAAGAAACUAGAGGAAAAAGCUGAGAGAAAGAAACGUGUUGAAGAAGGGCAGCCAGCUCCUGCUGCUAGUGGUCCAAGAGCUGAUAGUAAUGGAGGCCCAUCUUUUUAGCCGAUAAGAUGAAGGAGUACGAGGCUCAGAUGCAGGCUAAGAUGGAGGCUAGAGAGGCGCAGAUACGAGAGGAGGCACAAGCUAGAGAGGCUCAGAUGCGUGCAGACGUACAGGCACAGUUGCAGGCACAGCAAGCCGAGUUUAUGAAGAAGCUAGCUGACAUGAGGAAUCUACCACCCCCUUGAUUAUGUUUGUUUUAGGAACUUGAAUCUAUUUUGCUAGGUGCUAACUUAACUAUUGUUAGAUACUUUGUUGAUUAUCGUUGACUAUUUGGAUUGUUAGAUACUUUGUUGAUUA